GUUCCUUCUUAGGUUAGCUUUAUUCACUUGUUCUUAUUAUUAUAAAACCGAGUCCAAGAUUGAGACUCAACUACUUUAAAACAAGUUGGCAACCAAAACUACUCUAUUUUCUUGUAUAGGCCAAGACAGCAAAACAGAGCAAAAACUAUGGCCAAUUCCUCUUCCAUUUUUCUCUUCGCCUUUUACAUGUUCACGGCAACUCUGAUCAUCUCCACUUGGACCGUCCAUGCAGGCAGCGAUCACAGGUUGAGCUGGGUUCCAGGCAGAACCCGCUGCCCGGGUUCGAUUGCGGAGUGCAUGGCUGAUGAUGAGUUUGACAUGGACUCUGAGAUCAACAGGCGGAUACUGGCCACCUCACAAUACAUCAGCUAUGGAGCUCUGCAGAGAAACACUGUGCCAUGCUCUCGGAGAGGUGCGUCCUACUACAACUGCAAGCCAGGUGCAGAGAGUAACCCCUACAACCGUGGAUGCAGUGCUAUUGCUCGUUGCCGUAGCUGAUCCAAAGUGUAGCCUAUUUUACUAUGUUUAUGCCUUGGCUUGAUGUGGAUUGUAAUGUUCAUAUUCUUGCUUUAUCUUCUGUGGAUUGUAAUGUUCAUAUUCUUGCUUUAUCUUCUGUUUUUAUCCCAACUUCAAUACAGUACCAGACUUCAGAUAAAAGAAAACACACGGGUUCCUCUGUGAAAUGUUGAAAAUUAGAAAGCGGAUCGUCUCAGAUUUUGCUUUACUUAAGCAGGCAAUGUUUCUUGGUCAACCUUGUUCUUUAACUUAA